GUCCACACCCACCGAGACAAGUUGACAGGUGACGCAUAAAAAUACAGAGAAAAUCAAAAGGUGUUCAGGGAUGACGCCGAGGUCCGCCACACUCUGUAUUUUUCACUGAUCACCAGAAUACGGAAAAUUAGUGGACACUGGACAGUUCACUUGGAAGGGACGCAGCCUGUCUCUGUGCCCGCUUGCGUAUGUGCCAUCACCUUGCUGGCAUCAAUAUCGAGCCGUUCGGGGAAGGGUGUGUGCCAUGUCCGGGUCCGUGCGUGUGAUCGCCUGCGGGGGGCUCGGCUUGGAGAUGCAGCAAGAGGGAGCAGUUUCGAGGAAGUGACGGACGCCGCUGAGGGGACUGGCCAGAGGAAGUUUGCUCCAUGGUGGUGCCGUGCGCCGCAGCGAAACUUUCCCCCCUUUUUAGGCGCCAGCGACGCCGUGGAGCGGGUGGACGCGUAGAAAAAGCGGCGGAGGCAGCUUUUUGUUUCCGCACAAUUGAGGAAUACUAACUUGGGAUCGGGAGAGGAAGGAGGGGUGUCGCGGAGGAAUCUCACAAGCAAAGCCCGUCCUUCUCCUUUGGUUUUUAACGCAUCCACAAUGGGGAAGGAGCAGGAGCUCCUCGAAGCGGCGCGCACGGGAAACCUGGCCGCGGUGGAGAAGCUUUUAUCCGGGAAACGACCAUCGGCUGGCACCGGCAGCGGGUCGUACGGAACCGGUGGAAGUGGCAACAGCGGCGGCCACGCUGCCUCCUCGCAUACGCUCUCCAGUCUGCUCAGCAUCUGGAGAGGUCCCAACGUGAAUUGUGUGGACAGCACCGGAUACAGUCCGCUCCAUCACGCCGCCUUAAAUGGACACAGCGAAGUGGUGGAAAUGCUCCUGCGAAACGAGGCCUUGACCAACAUAGCCGACAACAAGGGUUGCUACCCUUUGCACCUGGCGGCGUGGAAGGGAGACGAGCGCAUUGUCAGGUUGCUCAUCCACCAAGGACCUUCCCAUCCCAAACUCAACGAACAGAGCUCUGUAGACCAUAAAGAGUUCAAACGCUGUGGGCCCUUUGACCCUUAUAUUAAUGCCAAGAACAAUGACAACGAGACGCCGCUGCACUGCGCCGCCCAGUACGGGCACUCGCAGGUAGUGCAGUUGCUGCUGGAAGAGCUGACGGACCCAACCAUGAGGAACAACAAAUUUGAGACUCCCCUAGAUCUGGCUGCGCUGUACGGCCGGCUCGAGGUCGUCAAGCUGCUGCUCAGCGCUCACCCCAACUUACUUAGCUGCAACACUAAGAAGCACACGCCGCUGCACUUAGCCUCCCGUAACGGACAUCUGUCUGUGGUGGAGGUGCUGCUUGACGCUGGCAUGGACAUUAACUAUGAGACGGAGAAAGGCAGUGCGCUCCAUGAAGCGGCCUUAUUUGGGAAGAUAGAUGUGGUACAGAAACUUCUCAGUGCAGGUAUCGAUGUGAACAUUCUGGACCAGAAGGGCUUGACAGCGCUGGACACCGUCAAAGACAUGCCCUCUCAGAAGAGCAGAGCAAUAGCUGGGCUUAUCCAAGGGCUUAUGAGCGGAAAGCCUCCUGACAUCGACCUUCCCCCUCCACCAAUCCCACAAUACCCGGAGAGCCCUCGAAACAAUGGCGAUCUGGAGAAAGUGAGUGAGUUGAUCUCGGGUCUGGCCCCGGACCCUGAGGAGGAGAGUCCUUAUGAAGCUCUGUUUGAAGCUACCUCUUGCCAUUCUCUGGACAGCCUUACAAGUGGCAAAUCCUCUGACAGGGAUUCUGGAAGGCCAGAGAGUGAAGCGGGAAAGAAAGAUCGCUUUAUCCACUCAUCACAUGCUGGUCCUGGUCUUGAAGAAGAUGUGAGCUCAGAGGGACUCAUUAUGAAUAGCAGUAUUGCUGAGCGCGGAGAGACUGCUGAGGAAGAGGAGGAUCACACGUAUGAGUUAUUAGUGACUGCGCAAACCAAAGUCCCAUCGCCAAGCCAAGAGUCACAAUUUUAUGAAGAUGAAAACGCACGUAUCCAGUCAUCUGACAGUGUCCUACCUCAGUGCAAAUCCAACGUCCCAAAUAACUCCACAAAAGAAACGCUGCAUCCCUCAGGACGGGUGGACCUACGAGCAUUAGAAGAUAACUCCCAGCUCAGCCCGGAUCAGGGUGCAGGUAUCCCGGAGCAGUUCACUGGCCUUCUGCACGGAUCAUCUCCAGUGUUUGAUUGCAGCGAGCAGCCGUUCAGAAUUCCAGGUGUCCCGUCACCUGGUCAGAGCCAGCCGCAGACCAGAGCCAAAACCAAAGAGCGAGCUGUUUCAACUGCACCGAGCCGGCCCAGUAUGGCUGCCAUCCUGACCGACUGUGAUCCAAAAGCCAUUUAUGCAACUGUGAACAAGGAGCCCAGGGACUCAGGCGCAGUAUCUGGUAGGAUGCGUCCUCCUGGGGACCUGAAGCUGGCCCGUAGCCUCUCCAAGUCGGACUCAGAUUUGCUCGUGUCGCCUCCGAGUGAGGAAGACGGAGGACUGGGGAACCGAAGUGAAUCGGUUUCCAAUUGUAGCAGUGGGAAGAAAAGCCUCGAGAAAUCGCCGUCAUUCACCUCAGAAUGGGAUGAGCAGACACUGAUGUCCUCUCCCAGUACAAAAGCACCAGGAUCUAAUUCCUAUGACAGCAUCGAGAAGAUCAUGACGCUGAUUGGCGCUGGCAUCGACUUUUCCCGAGAUCAGCAAUACGCUACGCCAGGUGCCUCUGUCCGACUGCUGCAGCAGCCCGUGGGAGAUUGGCUGGAGCUGCUGGGGUUGCCUCAGUAUGAAAGCAAGCUGCUCCUCAACGGUUUUGAUGACCUUCACUACAUGGGGAGCAAUGUAAUGGAGGAACAGGACUUGCGAGAGAUCGGGAUCGCAGACCCAGGCCACAGAAAGAAGAUCCUGCAUGCAGCACGUUCCCUACCCAAGGUGAAAGCACUGGGCUGUGACGGCAGCAGUUCCCUCUCUUCCUGGUUGGAGAAUCUGGGCCUGAAUGAGUACCUUCAUAACUUCCUGGCCAGUGGUUACCGCUCUCUGGACUGUGUCAAGAACCUUUGGGAACUGGAGAUUGUCAACGUCCUGAAGAUCACCCUGCUUGGUCACAGGAAGCGCAUUAUUGCAUCAUUAGCAGAGAGGCCUUAUGAAGAACCUCCCAUCAAGCCACCUCGGUUGUCUCAGAUCAGGAUGGACUCCUCCACAUCUCAGUCCAGGGAUCCUCUGCUUCCAGCCGGGGAACCGGUGAGGAAGAAAGCGCCAGAUAACGACUAUGACGUCGCCCAACGACAACGCCAUGAACGCCGCCGAUCACAUGAACGCCAAGAGGAGCGGCACCGGGAAUCCCGUCUGAUUCUUCGGCCGCCAAGCCUGGCGGCGCCGUACGCUCCGGUCCAGAGCUGGCAUCACCAGCCUGAGAAGCUCAUCUUUGAAUCCUGCGCAUAUGAAGCCAGUUACCUGGGUUCCAUGCUUAUUAAAGAGCUGCGGGGCACUGAGUCCACCCAGGACGCCUGCGCCAAAAUGCGGAGGUCAACAGAGCAAAUGAGAAAAGUCCCCAUCAUUGUCCUCUCGAUCACAUACAAAGGUGUCAAGUUCAUUGAUGCAGUCAGCAAGAAUAUCAUUGCAGAGCACGAGAUCCGCAACAUUUCAUGUGCGGCGCAGGACCCGGAAGACUUGUGCACAUUUGCCUACAUCACCAAGGACUUGCAGACCAACCACCACUACUGUCAUGUGUUCAGCACUGUCGAUGUGAACCUUACCUAUGAGAUCAUACUGACACUGGGUCAAGCUUUUGAGGUGGCCUAUCAGCUGGCUCUGCAGGCCCAGCGGACCAAACAGCACCAGCACCUACCGUUGGGCACUGCUCCAGAGCUCAUUGAGACUAAGUCAGGCCGACCUGUGCCCAAACCACGAGGAAGUGUUCGAAAGUCAGGGGGUGACCUUUUGGAACAGGAUGGAGAUUCCCAGUCGCAGGGUGGCGCCACGUGGCUGGUGGACUCCAAGGAACCCAAGCGUACAAUCAGCACUAAGUAUGAGACCACCAUAUUCUGAGUGGAACCCCACCCUCCCUCCUUCCUGACAUCUGAACUUUUUACUUUUUUUCCUUUGCCUCGCCCUCAGUGUGCCUUUCACUGCAACUCUUUGCCCCCCCCACACACACACUUCUCCCCCCACUCUUCCAGGUGGUAUUAUGUACACUGCCAGCCUGCCAAUCACUUUCACUGCUAUGUCUUCUACCUUGUAUGCUCCCUGAACUCGUACAUCUCUCUAUUUUUCUUUUUUUCUCCCCGGUCAACAAUCUCAGUAUUGCCUCUUGGUGAAAAUACCUUUUUUUCUCGGUGCUUUUCCUGCUCUGCCAGGCGACGGCCACUCUGAGGCUUUUUACUUCUGCCACCCAGCGCUUUCCCACAGUUGAGAGGUUACACAUAUCCUACACAUGGAAGCCAUGGUCCUGUGAUUAUUAUAUAUUUUUUUAAUGUAUCACUUGAAGCGACUUGGAGCAAAGGUUAGAAGCAUUCUUUCUGCCGUAAUUGUCAGGAGUUAGUUAAGGUCCAAAGGAGAGAAACAUCCCUAAACACUGUGAUACAGUCAUGUAGCUUACAAAGUUAGCAUCGAAGCACUUUCACAAACUCUCCAAAUCAAUUGUAUCUUCCCGUGUUUUGGCCUUAUUUGAAAUGGGGGGCUGAAUGAUUUAAUGUCUUGUAGUUUGACACUAUUUUAACUGUGUGCAUGUGUCAUCUUCCCUGUAGCUAAACAUUCCUCCCAGCCAGUAUAAAAGGACAAGCCUAUUGCAUGAUGGGUAGGAUGUUUUGUGGGGGGACAAAAGGAGCAUUCCCAACCAUCGCCAGUCUGGAGAUGGUCCGACCUCACAGCCGUCAUCGCUUCAAUUACCCUUCCUGCCCAUCAGCGAUGUUGCAUUGCAUACUGAGCGCCACACAAGUAUGUCUUCUUAUAGUGAGGGGUAUUUUUUUUUUUAAUUGUGUCUUUUUAAGAUGCAUUAUUUAAUUUGUCCUUUUAUCAUCUCAGCCUCAACAUAUAUAACUGUGAUCAGCAAUCUUGUUUCUUAGUGUAACCAAACUGAAAUGACCAGACGUAACACUACAAAGACUGUUUUCGAGGUAUGUAACAGGGUGCAGCGUUGGCGUUAGAACUUGUUACCAUGUAGUUUUAUUUUUUAUUUUUUAGGACAUUGGAACUAAUGCAGCAACUUAAUUUGUCCCCGUGUUUCUUUGCCCAAAUAAUUGAGUGAGAUUAUUCACCAGAACUGCCCUGCAGGACAGUACUUCUUUGAUUUGAUUUGAUUUUAUUGCCACAGUACAAAAAUAAUGAUAGGGAAAAGACUUUUCUCACUGUUAACGGUACUUGCUUGUCAGUUGAUGAGUAAACAGUAUAUCUACAUUAGCUAGCGUGUGAUUUUCAGUGCUCUACAUCAACAAGUACGUCCAAGUAUUCAGCCACGGACGGGUGAGUCUAAUUAUUUUUGUGAAACGUGUAGAAAUCUUCCUUUUCAGAGUGGCUGUACUUCAUUUCUGUCGAGCACUGUGCAGCCUUUUGGUUUUGCUGCAUUUGGUACGUUGUCACACCGGUUGAGUUAAUUUUAUGGUACACUGUCUUUAACACUCCGGUGACGGCACCUUCGGCCAUCAGCGUGGUCCUGUUUUGCCUUUGCACAUCACUGAGGAUCGGAAUAAAUAUUUUGGGACAAAUCUGAUGCAAAUGAUAUUGUACAUGAAACUAGUGGUCUUUAUUUUGAUACUUGAAUGAUUUUUGCUUUUAUAGAUCUCUAUACAGUAUGUAAUAUGUAUGUAUGUAUGUACAAUAUGUAUGUAUGUAAUUUUUGACUGAUGUCAAAAGAGAUUAAAAGGACUAUGUCUUAUAAAGUUACACAUCGUUGUAAGCACCCCGUGAUUAUAGAGGUUGAGUGAACACGAGGGACCUCACUUUAGAAAAAAAAAUAUUGUAAAUAAUCUUGGGCUUCCGUUUUUUUUAAUGAUUAUUUUCAUGAUUGUUCAAUUAAUAAAUUGCGCAGUUUGAGAAUUUGU